GCGGUGUCGAGCGCGCGCGGGCGGGCGGUGGCGGAGCGGAGGAUCGCCGGGUUCCGCUGUGCUCCGAGGUCCGCGGCGGCGGCGGUGGCGGCGGCGGCGACGCACACAAAAGCGGAUUGUGGCUUCACUGGUGCUCGCGGCGGGCGGCAGCGAGGCACGGGCGGCGGGGCGUGUCGGUGGCCCCCGCGGGCGCGGCGCGGGCGAUGAGCCGGGGCCCGGCAUGGCCUCCGCGCGGCCGCCGGGCAGGGCCUGUGCCACGGCGUCCGCGCCCGCGGGGCUCCGGGCUGGGCCGGCCGCCUCCCGGGAGUCCGCGGACGGCGGCGAAGCGGAGGAGCGCUCGUUGCAGCACAUGCUGCGCGCCAUAGCCGAGGAGCGCGGACGCCUUAGCCUGCGCCGCGAGGUCUGCGGCCUGGGUUGCUUCAAGGAUGACCGCAUCGUCUUCUGGACGUGGAUGUUCUCUACUUACUUCAUGGAGAAGCUGGCUCCCCGGCAGGAUGACAUGCUUUUCUACGUGCGCAGGAAGCGAGCCUACUCAGGCAGCGAAGGCACUGUGGAUGGGAGGAAGGCUGAGCCUGAGUCUGAGGUGGAGGUAGAAGUAUAUCGGAGAGACUCGAAGAAGCUUCCGGGCCUGGGAGAUCCUGACAUCGACUGGGAGGAGAGCGUCUGCCUGAAUCUCAUCCUGCAGAAGCUGGACUACAUGGUGACCUGUGCUGUGUGCACUCGUGCCGACGGGGGUGACAUCCACAUCCAUAAGAAGAAAUCCCAGCAAGUGUUUGCCUCCCCUAGCAAACACCCCAUGGACAGCAAAGGAGAAGAGUCCAAGAUGAGCUACCCCAACAUCUUCUUCAUGAUUGACAGCUUUGAGGAGGUGUUCAGUGAUAUGACAGUGGGGGAAGGAGAGAUGGUCUGUGUUGAGCUGGUGGCCAGCGACAAAACCAACACAUUCCAGGGUGUCAUCUUCCAGGGUUCCAUCCGCUACGAGGCACUCAAGAAGGUGUAUGACAACCGCGUGAGCGUGGCCGCUCGAAUGGCCCAGAAGAUGUCAUUUGGCUUCUACAAGUACAACAACAUGGAGUUUGUGCGCAUGAAGGGGCCUCAGGGCAAGGGCCACGCAGAGAUGGCAGUCAGCCGAGUAUCCACUGGUGACACAUCCCCCUGUGGGACUGAAGAUUCAAGCCCAGCUUCGCCCAUGCAUGAGCGGGUGACCUCCUUUAGCACCCCGCCCACCCCAGAGCGAAACAACCGGCCUGCCUUCUUCUCCCCGUCCCUUAAGAGGAAGGUGCCGCGGAACCGCAUCGCAGAGAUGAAGAAAUCACACUCGGCCAACGACAGCGAGGAGUUCUUCCGAGAGGACGACGGCGGAGCCGACCUGCACAAUGCCACUAACCUGCGGUCUCGGUCCCUGUCCGGCACAGGACGGUCCCUGGUCGGGUCCUGGCUGAAGCUAAACAGAGCUGAUGGAAACUUCCUUCUCUAUGCACACUUGACCUAUGUCACUUUGCCGCUGCAUCGGAUCUUAACAGACAUCCUGGAAGUACGGCAGAAACCCAUCUUGAUGACCUAGUGUGUGUGGAGCCUGCACGGAGCCCCGGCCCUGCCUGGCCCUAGGAAUGCUGCCAAGUGCCUACCUGUCACCGCCAGCCGGGGUCUUCUGUGACAAGCCAGCACCGGAGCUACAGCCAGGCAGGGCCACUCGACUCCUGGGGCCAGGGCCGACUCCAUGAACACCAGCCCAAACUGAAGUGCCUCGUCCUCCUCCCUCGCUGGCUCUGCUCCCACCCCGUGCCCACGCUCAGCCCCCUCUGCUCCCAAAGAGGGCCAGAGACACCAAGAGAUCAGAGAGAGUGCGAGGGGCUGCCAGCUUCCAGAAUGUUCUUAGACCUCCCGACCUCGGCUUCCAUACCCCUGCUGGGGCUCUGUGCCAGGCCACUGUCCAUGCAUCCUACACAAAGCCAGUUGAAGAUUUUGCAAUGCAGUACUGACGAACUUUGGCUUGAGAGUCAUUCCCAACUUGUCUCCUCAUAGUUCUUGUUACAGUGGGUCCCAGCUGGGGGUCAGGGGCCAUGAGCCGUUUGUCAGCUGGGAAUACCUCGGCCUAUGCCCAGCUCCAGAAUGGGUCACAACCUCCAGCUGGGCAGACAGGCCCCGAUCCCCCAGAAUGGCCUUUGCUUCCAUCCAAAGAACACCGCCAACACACACACCUCCGACCCCGAGACGUCCUGCGUCGAUCUCGGCUCUCCGGAGGGACGCAGAAUUCGGUUCUGAAGGAAAGUGGGAGGGUACUUCUGCUGAGGGACGUCUGAUGGGGACCGGAGUGGAAUCCUCCCGGGAAGGUUGUAGGCAGAACCACCCCGGGGCCAGAGCUUAGAGCGAGGCUGGUGCUGUCCCCUUUGCCCCAUGCUUUGGUCAGCAUGCUGGUCUUGUAGGCAGAGAGACCAGGCUUCUCAUGAGUCUGCAUUGUCCUCGGUGGGUGCAAGUGGCCAUGUGCGUCAUCGGCCCAAGCCUCACCCUGGCAGUGUGCUCAAACUGAGGCCUCCUCCACCCAACUAGAGUAAACUGGAAGCUGGGCCUCCUGUUGCUGCUGGGUUUAGUGCCCCAGAUCCAGAGAACUCAGCUGUGUAUGUAGAGCUCAGCCCCUCUGGGUUGGAGAGCAGGCACAGUAGCGUGGCUCCUGGCUGGCUCCACUCCUUGGUCUCUGGGAGUGGGCACUACUUUGGGGCUUUCUCCAGAUUUUGUAUGUUGUUAUUAAAAGCGAGCUAUUGCAUUACAUUCUGCCUCAGUUUGCCCACCUGUAAAAUGGGGCUGAUACCACCUACCUCACUGAAGUCGCCAGGGUUCAAGUGUACGGCUGGGUCAGGGUUUGCUCUCCUGUCAUUCUGCAUUGCUGUUGGUCUUAGGAGUAGCUGUUAGGUGGUGAGGAAGCUUGCCUCUCCUGCCUGCUCUGAAAUAACUCCUUCUAAAGGGACAGAUGAGUAGCGUGUAAGCUUAGACACUGGUACUGUGCUGGAGCCUGGGUGCUGAUUCUAAUCAAAUCAUCAAAGCAGAUUCACAUCCUGUCACAUCUGAGGUCCCAGAGUACCUUGGGCUUAUGGGUGUGGUCCUUGGGUCUAGGAUAGCCAUUUCUCCUGUAGGGUGUGUGAAUGCUGUCCCCUUCCCCACAGUUGUUUCUAGGGAGGUAGCAGAACCUGCCAUUUCAGGAAUCUGGCCAUUCUGUGGUCUGAACACUGGAUUUCUGUCUUGGGGGAAUACAGCCAAGUGUGUCUUCUAUGGAAGACUGAGGCAGUCUAGGGCUCAUUGUAAUUCCGUAGCUUCUCUUCUAGGGUUCCCUCUACCAGAGCUAAGCCAUACUCUCUUGGUUGGACUGUGAGCACAAGCACUUCCCAGGCUGUAGAAAGGUACAGAGUGUGUGCCGUGCACCCUGAUACCCACUUAGGUACCACCAUUCCCUUUGUAGAGGAGGGAAGUACCCCAGAGACACUGUACAGUGGCAGGAGGCAAGCGUGGUCCAAGCCACAUACCUGUCCCCGAGUACACAGCCAGACAUUUACUUGGUCAUAAUUCCCCUUUCUCCAGAGGGCACUUUUGAGUUCCAAACAUGUUCAGAGGCCCUUGAGAACUGGGUUAGAAUUCUGACAUCAGAAGGCCAGACAUGGUGACACCUGUGUGCAAUCCUAGCACUGGGGUUGAGGCGGAGGUUAGUUUCUGAACAGCCUAGGCUACUUAGCAAGACCCUGUCUCAAAGUGACAAAUGACAGCAGAAGCACCCAGAAUCCUCCUGGGGUGGGACUGCCUUAAUUUUCUUGGGAACAUGUCUGUCCUCACGCAACACAGGGUGACAAGGAGCAACUGGAAUUCAAGUGCAGGUGUGUUCUGAGGAAACCUCGGUGUCAGCCUUCAGGACACUAAGAAGUGCUGCUUGCUUUGCGUCCCUUGGAGGAGGCAUUCCUGUUUCUUCAGGUAGCGUCCAUCUUGCCUCCUGGGAUCUCGCGGGCAUCCUGACUGCCUGCAGUGAGGCAGCCUAGGCUCAUUACCCCCCAAAGGAUUGUUAUUGAAAACACAGGCAAAAAAUUAAUACCUGGGCAUGGUAGCAGCCAGGGCUACAUAGUGAGACUCUGUCUUAAAAAAAAAAAAUUUUUUUUUUUUUCCAUUAAGACAUCCCAUCCCCUGUGUAUUUAGUUGGUCUAGUCUAGUGUGUGUGUGUGUGUUCAUAUUCAUUAGUUUUAAAUUUCUGGCCCAAACUCUGGAUGUAUUGAGUUUUAGGUCCUGUCCAUUUUCACAUUGGCUGUCCUUUCCCACUUUAAAAUCUGAGUAUCUUAGCAUCACCCAGCUCCCGUUUAGGCUCCCUUACCUCUGUAUCAUUUAGGUAGGACUGCCCUGGUGGGCACAGCCAUCCUAAAAAGUAAAUAUAACACUCAAAAGGGAUGUGAAUGCGCAGGCACCAUGGGCUCACAUACUCCAGUGAAGUCGCUGACCCUGGCACAGCAGGCACUGCCUCGUGGCUGGGCCCAAAGAGUGGAGCUGGGGUCUGGAGACCAUGUGUAAAUAUCUUGAGCUUGAACAAAAGUAGCCUCUUGGGCAUCUGCAUUGGCCUCAGGGAGGGGCCAGAGUGCUGCCCUGUCCCUCUAGGUGAGGAGUGGCGUUCCUAAAAGGCCUUCACUGAAUAGACACUGACAUGCAUCUCCAAACCUUUCUCUGAGCCGCUGGGACAAACAUCGCACAAGCUAAGUGAUUAGACAGCUUGUAGCUGGGGUGGAGAUCUGAGAUCUGCAACAGGUAGAGCCCCACAAGUGGAGGAAACCAUGGCGUUCUGUGUUUAUUUAUUCCCAAGAUAGUUUCAGGUCAUGGGCUUUUAUCUGUUGUUUUUGAGACAGGGUCUUCUAUAGCCCAGGCUGGCUUCAAACUUACUGUAUAGCAGAGGGUGAUCUUGAACUAAUGAACCUCCCUCUGCCUCUAUGUGCUGGCGUUAACAGGAUUCCACCACUGUGCCAGUUUUAUGCGGUAAAACCCAGGGCUUUGUGCCACUGGGCAAGCACUCUUACUGGCUGGGCUGCCCCCCUCAGCUCACUCUUACCUUCUUUUGACCUCAGCCCCUUCCUUUGUAGAUCAGGAAAUUUAGAUGCAAAUAGCAGUUUUCUUUCUUCCAAAAUUAUUGUAUGAGAAUUUACACCUACAAAAAUGUUUUGUUUUGGUUUUUUGCUACUUCAAAACUUGUGUUUCUAUAAAAAGAACAUUUCGAUGAAGACAUGAAGUAGCACACUUAGAGCGCAGUAGUUGUGAAUUCUGAGUGGCUUUCCCAUGAACACCGAUGACAUCCAACAGAGUGCCAGCCUCUCAAGGCAGGCUUUGUGGUGGCUGUUGACUUUAUCAUUUCAUCUUUCUUUGAGACAUUGCUUUACAUUUUAGAGACAUUUAAAAUGAGUUGUCUUUGAAGUGCCCUGAUCUUUACCUGUCUCCUUUGAUAACAUUAUGAAAUGGUAUCCUUGGGGGCUGAGAGAAGCCAUCCCACAUCUUGGCUGGUUGGUGAAGACCCUGUGACUACCUGACCGGAAGUGCAGGCGUUUCCAAAGCUGAUCACAUAUUUUGGGCUCAAUUCUGCGCUCCCAUGAAAAUACACCCUGGCAGUGUUUGGACUGCAAACUCUCAAAACUUUUCUAAGAGGACCCCCUAAAAACCAUCACAGCAGGAAGAUGGCUGGAAUAGAAGUUGGGACCCUAAACGGGAGUUUAGAAAAGAUCCCGGCAGGCAUCUGACCUGACCUUCCUUUUGCAAAGCACCUCUGCAAAGGGGGCUGCUGAGCAGGCAGGGGUGUGGGGGUGAGCAUGGGGGGUGGGAGCAUCGGGCUGGCUCUUUCUAGGGCCUGUAAUCACCACGGGUCAGAAAUAUAGCCACUUUUCGUGCAAUUGGGUUUCUAAAACAUGCCAAAUGACUUAUGUCACAAAGAAUAGAUCCUGAUAUACUGUAUACACUGGAGUCAGACCUGCAGUGGAGACAGAGAAAGGGAGUCUGAGAGGACACAGUAAGGAGUCAGUCACCACCCUAGAAACACCUAAACACAGGAGAGUUUUUCUGAACUGGUGGUACUUCCCAGGAGGUGGGAGGAAGGCAGCGGCUUGGCAGGUAAACUAUGCCCCCUCGCUACCCACAUCACUGGGUAGCCCUUUCAAGUGGCCUGAAGCCUCUGCCCUGGAAGCUGGCUGCAGUGCUGGCCUUCUGUCUCCCAGCUGCUUUGGGAAGGCAGCUCUCUCAGGUCUUUUAUCCUGACUCAUACAUACAUUUAAGGAGCCACUGCCAGCCUGGAAGCAAAUGUUCCCUGGAAAGGAAAACCUUCCAGAACGGAUGUAGAAGACAGGAAUGUAAAAUGCGGUCUCUGUAGCUCACUGUAUAUACCCAUGUCAACUGGAGACAUUGGACUUUGUGCUUGUUAGAGGGGAGCUGGGAAAUGGGAAGGAAAAGCUCGCUUUGGGGACGGGCGAUAAAAGUUCCUGUUCUUAACAGUGUCACCCACUUGCCUCCUACAGCCUCAUGUAAGCCAAUGGGCCAUCAAAACUUUUCUCUCCUCUAUGUAGAUGGCUCUUUCAUUUUGGAAUCUGACUUUAAUAAACCAAUUAGGUUGCUCAGUUUGAAAUAA